UCCUUAUAAACUUGCUUCCCAGCAUGGAUUUUGCCUCGCCCACAAAAGAAAGAAGCUCCAUUGCUGAGGAAAGCAGAGCGAAAAAGUAGAGGAUCGAUCCAAGAUUGCUUCUUUUCAGAUCCAGAAUACAAGAUCAGUUCAGCAGCAUUAAUCCGGAGGAUCACAAGGCGUAAUCCUGACACGGCACUUUGUGUUCUCGAUUCUCUUAUAUUCUGAUUCCUAACCUCUCCAAUUUUUAAUCAUUCAUUCUGUUUGUUUCUAUGGAGAAGCACAUUUGUCGAAUAUGCAGGCAAGGCUUCUCCGAUGGGAGAUCUCUUGAAGUUCACUUGUGGUCUCAUGUUGUGCUGAGCCCUUCCAUGAAGGAUGAGGACAAGCCGUUGGCUGGACAUGACCUUAGAAUCAAUCCAAAGAAGUCGCAACGGUUUGAGAUAGAGUGGCCGGAGACUAUUAAGGAUAAGAAACGUGCCAAGCUAGAGAAGGAUUCCUCUUCAUUGAAUGCUUCGUUUGGAAUGACCAGGGAAGAGCUCAUUCAUGGGGACAACGAUGAUGAUUUACGGAGCAGGGGAACUUAUGAAGAGAAGGAAAUGUCGGGCCAACCUUAUAGUAAGUUGAGUAUGUAUUCAAUGCCUGUGAAGAAGAAGAGGAGGGGGAGUGCACCAAAGGUUGCAAAUGCAUCAAUUUUUGAUUUCUCCUUUGAGAACUGCGAGGAGGAAGUGAAUGCGGCUCUGUCCCUGAUGAUGCUCGCAAGAGAACAUGCUAAUUUGAUAUAUGAUUCAAAUGAUAAGUUUUCUCUUACAAUUGGAUCUGGAAACAAAGUUCAUUCUUUUCCUUGUGAGGAUGGAGAUCAACAGUCCAAAAAGCUGAAGGUCUCAUUUUUUGCAAGUAGCAGUGAUUAUGGUGAUAUCAAUCCUGCUGUUCUUAAAAAUGAAAAGAGGAGUUUAUCAAUUCAAUGUGAUUCUGAAUCUGGAAAGCAGAGUUCUUGCAAUAGAAAAAGAUAUGGGUGCAACAUCUGCAACAAGAGCUUUGAUUCAUAUCAAGCUCUUGGCGGCCACCGCACAAGCCACAGUAAGGUGAGAGGAGAAUUUAAAAAAUUGAUUAAUCAGAAUCAUGAUUCUCAAACUGUUAAAAAAUUACCGAAGAACUUUGGAAACCACGUGUGCAACAUCUGUGCCAAAAAUUUUCCAUCUGGGCAAGCUUUAGGCGGUCACAAAAGAUCACAUUCUAUUGCAGCAGCAGCUGUUGUUGUUUCUAGUGCCGAUAAUACCGCCGCUCAUCCUCAUCCAACCCCAAUGGAGGUAGAACCCAAUUCAAUUGAUCUCAACUUGCCUGCAACUGAUAAUGACUCUUAGGAAAUUUCUAAUGAAGUGUUGGCCGGUUUGAGGUAUGGGACAAUCUCUGGUGAAACGUCAUUCUGUCAAUCUAUGGUGAAAUGGAGAAUGAGAGUGCAAAAAAAAAAAAGCAGGAUUGAUCCCGAAAGCUUAGACAAUUUGAAGGAAAUUCUUCUUAUCACCAUC